CUGGCCGCCGUUGGGGCCGGGCCGGACGGGGCCGGGCCGGAGGGAGUCCAGCGGCGGGGGCGGCCCCGGCACCUCGCCUGCUUAAAAGGCGGCGGCGGCGGCGGGGCGGGUGCGAAAGUGUGGCUGGGUCGGAGUUCUGGGAGCUGCUCUCCGCUCAGGUGCAAAGAUGGGGUGCUUCACCUUUAUCAAAGUCAUGAUGAUACUCUUCAACCUGGCCAUAUUCCUCGGCGGCGGGACGCUCCUUGGAGUUGGAAUCUGGGUUACAACAGAUAAAGAUUCUUUCCUGGACGUAUUUGGGGUGCUCUCCUCUACAGUCAUGCAGGUUGUGAAUGUGGGCUACUUCCUCAUUGUCAUCGGUGCCAUUCUGCUUGUGAUUGGCUUCCUUGGGUGCUAUGGUGCCCAGAAGGAGAGCAAGUGUCUCCUGAUGAUGUUCUUCUCAGUGGUGCUGAUCAUCUUCAUAGCUGAAGUUGCUGCUGCUGUGGUGGCUCUGGUCUACACAGGUCUUGCAGAGACGCUGCUGUCAGCUGUGUUGACCCCUGUCCUCAAGGAGCAGUAUGGGAUGGAUGAGAAUUUCUCAAAAAUAUGGAACGUCACCAUGGAGAAGGUCCAUUGCUGUGGUGUGAAUAACUACACAGACUUCAACAACAGCUACUGGGUGGAUCACACCGGGACGUACCCAGUGCCCUGCUGCAGGGACGUGCAGCCCUGCGAUGCCACGCUCGCCGCACACAGCAACGUCACGGGCUGUUUUGAUCAGAUUUUGGAAGAAAUCAGGACUAAUGCAGGUGUAGUUGGUGGUGUGGCAGCUGGCAUUGCCGCCUUGGAGAUUGCAUCGAUGGCGGUUUCCAUGUACCUGUACUGCCGGCUGGAUCAGAAAUGACCCCACAAGGCAGAAGGAUGAUCUGCCCCGCUCCAUGCUGUGCUCCUGGGGUGGGCCCCAUUGCUCCCUGAGCCUUACGCUGUCCUGUGCACUGUGAUCUAUAGCUGUGUUUUGAUCUACUGAGCUGGGAUCUGUAGAGUUUGUGUAUAUUUUUGUACUGAUGCAGCACACUGAGUCUGUACAUAGAGAUUUGAAGUGCUUUUUGAAGGCGGGCGAAGUGGAGAAACUACUUGGUCUGUGGAGCUGAUGCCAGCAGGAGAUAAAGCAGCACAGGGGCCAGUCAGGGCUGCUGAUCUGGCAGUGGCACAGCAAUGCCUUGGCAAAUCCUUGCAGAUGGGUACUGUAUCUCUCUCAUGCUGUCCCCACUGCGUCCCUAUGUGAGGGCUGGCCAGUGCUCCCCUGUACUGCCCCAUCAAUCUGGGGCUGGUGCCCAGUCAACAUGAUAUAGGUGGCAACUACACCUUCAUGUGGGGAUAUAUCUACCCCUACAUCUAUUUUUCUGUCAGUCCUUACCCUGUCACCAUGUUGUCCUCUAAAAGCAUCACUGUCGAUCUGUGUCUCUGCCCUGGCAUGAAGGCAGCCCUGUCGGUCCCUGUCCCUGUGGUGGCUGGGGCUGCCCUGUGCCCCCUGUCAUUUCAUGGCUGAUUCCCUCUUUGUGCUGUAAGGAAAGACAAAUAAAUUUUUGAUCUUGGAUACAAAUAA